CCCGACAAAAAAAUAUUCUCGACAUUUUUAACCUAAGAUCAACCUAACCUUGACAUUUGCAUGCAUAUUACAUCAGUUUCAUCUUCACUCCCAUUUCGGCUUUCUAGUUUCAUCUCUUCUCUCUCACACCCAAUUUCAUUUCUGCUUUACUUUCAGGGUUUUUAAUAUGGCUGAUUCAAAGCAAGGAUUGAGGAAGCCGGUGUUUACUAAGGUUGAUCAGCUUCGCCCUGGGACGAGCGGACACACCAUAACUGUGAAGGUUGUUGAUACUAAGAUGGUGAUGCAGAGAGGUCGGCCUGAUGGACCUCAAUCCCGUCAAAUGCGGAUUGCUGAGAGUUUGGUGGGGGAUGAGACUGGAGUUAUCAUAGUUACUGCAAGAAAUGAUCAGGUGGAUUUGAUGAAAGAAGGCUCCACUAUCAUCCUGCGUAAUGCUAAGAUUGACAUGUUCAAAGGCUCAAUGAGACUCGCCGUGGACAAAUGGGGCCGUAUUGAAGUCACAGAACCAGCUACCUUCACUGUCAAGGAAGAUAAUAACUUGUCUCUGAUUGAGUAUGAACUGGUGAAUGUUGUUGUUGAAUGACUUGGUCUGAGCAUAAUGAAAAGUUCAAAUGACAGAAUAAAAACAAUCCAGCAAAGCAAUCUACUUUUGUCUAUGGGAAAUUCCGACCGUGCUCAUCCAAGUUCAUCCUACUAGAAAUAUAUAUUUGUUCAGCCAUUAAUACCAACAGCCGCUCUUACCGUUGAAAGUAUUACAGUCGACCGAUCUUGUAGCCUUAACCACCCGAGAAAUGGUGAAUGUAAGUUGGGAGAAAAAAGGAACUGGCUUCCAGAUCAUACAUUUUGUUAUGCUUAUCUAUAUGUCAAUUAUGUUUAUCUUCAUCUACCAUGGAUUAUAUGUAUCACAAUAUUUUAUAUGGCUGGUGAAUGUUUAAAACGUAAA